ACGGUAACACUAAAACUAAUUUUGCGAAAAAAUUGGGGAAAACGACAUUUGAUAUGGAGAAUAUGUUUGUCAAUUAAGCCGCCUUGGCCCGCAAAAGCUUCCGAAAUGAGUCUCAAUCUGGGGGGCUGGAUCCACAGCUUCACCGUGACGGACACGCAGGAGCACAAGGGGGGCUAUACGAUCUACAAAAUCACCUCGAUAGUCUUCCCGAGGUCGGUGCCCCAGGCUUUGACUUGCCUGGUCGUAUGGAAGCGGUUCCAUGACGUGAAGAGGCUACAUCGCGAGCUGAGUCGUCGGCACAAGAGUCUCCAGCUGCCCGGCAAGUUGCCCGUGCCGACCGACAGCUCCUACUUCAAACGGUUCGAUGCGGCGGUGAUCCAACGGCGCAAGGAGUACAUCCUGCAGCUUCUGGACUUUGCUGCCCAACAUCCGGCGCUUUACAAGUGCUCAACCUUCACUCAGUUCUUCCAGGAGACGCCCUCUCCAAAUGGAUCGCCUCUAAAGAAGCUUUACGUGGAGCGUUCUUUGCGGUUGAACACAACGGAGACUGGUUGCAGUGGUGGUGAUUUGGGAGGAGCAAAAGGAGCGGUGGCGGGACCAGGUGCCAUCGCCGACAUUUGCGAUAAACUCGAUCUACCCUAUGAUCCACACGAUGCUGGGGGCAUUACACCUCUAGAUCCGCGCUGCGAUAAGGAGCCAUCGAACAACUAUGAGUACCAGGCCAAGGAAACCGAAGCCGAAGAAGAAACGCAACCGGAAUCUAAGCCGGAUGAGGCCUCUGCCAAACGAGAUUAUUUGCGCCUUCUCACACCAAUGGCAUCCAUUGAAAGCGAUGAUAGCGACUACAUCUAUGAGGCUGCCCUGGAAUUCAGUCACGCCGUCCAGGCGGAGGUCAAUCUGGAGUACGCCGAAGCCCACGAGCGUUACAAGCAUGGCGUGGAUUUGCUACUCAAUGGAGCCAAGCAGGAUGCCAACGAAGAGCGCAAGUUUAUAGCCAAGGCCAAGAUAGCCAAGUAUUUGGCCCGGGCGGAGGAGAUACAUGCCAACUUCUUGGCCAAUGAUUGCCCCACGAAGAAGCUGCAGUUCCAGCUCUCGCUGGACAUGACAGACGGCGGAAAUGUGGCCCAGUUGGAGUGCCCCUGGAAUCAGUUGGCCCGCUACAAGGUGCUGCAAGUGCUCCAGGAGCGGGUGAUGCAGGUGCAGUGCGUUACGAAGUCCCAACAGCCGGCGGCGAUUAUGAAGGGCAUUGAAAAGCCAGCGAGCCACUCGCUCACCCAGAGCAUCUUUCUGCCCCAACAGGUGCCAUACAUGGUCCAGCUGUUGGCCUACUUUCAGUCGGAGCAGAAGAUCUUUCUGCUACUGCGACAAGCGGAGGGCGGCAGGCUGUACGAUUACUUGCAGAGCUACACGCCCACGGGCAGCAAGAGUGUCAAUUACGGGGAGCUGUUUCCCUCGGACGAGGAGCAGGAGCAGAAGCAGAAGGAAGUGGAGGAGCAGCCUCUCACCGCGGACAGCGAGGUCAGCGAUCUAGUACGCAGCUCGCAGCAGUUACUCAAGUCUGUUACAAAUACGCUGAGCAAUCUGCAGGCGGGAGUUGCUACGCCAAAAAAACAGAAGGCGGAUGCAAACCGUAUCCGCAGUAAACCCAUUCCGGAGCAGUGUCUGCGUCAGUGGGCCUGUGAACUGGCCAUCGCUAUACAUAGUCUGCACGGAAAGGGAGUGAUCCUGCGCGACUUGCACAUGGCCAACGUUCUGCUGGGAGCCAAAGGACAGCUGUUGCUCACAUAUUUCUAUCAGAACGAAGGUCUAAGCUCGGACGACAACUACGUGCACAAGGCACUCAGCUUCGAGGCGUUGGCCAAUCACUUUGUGGCCCCAGAGAGGCCGCUCACCUUUCGCUCUGACUGGUGGAGCUAUGGCGUCAUUCUCUAUCAGCUGCUUUUAGGAGUGCCUUAUAAGUCCACACAUCCGGGACAACUGGAACUUUAUGGUUGUGUCCAGUACCCUAGUGAGUCUUUGGAAAUAUCCGAUCAUGCCAAGGACCUGUUGGAGCAGCUUCUCCAACUGACGCCCGAACUUCGAUUGGAUUACGAUCAAUUACAGGCGCAUGCUUUUUUCAAGGGAAUCGAUUGGCAGGCGGUUUUGGAACAGGGAACUGUAAUCUCGUGAAAAUUAGCACUAUUUGCUUUGAUUUAAAGUUAUAUUUUGCCAGUGAAUCUCUUCGGUCUAUAAAGCAUUUUAUUUUUCCCUUGCACUUCGUACCUGAAAGAGGUAAUCUUUCGUGAUUCAUUUAUUGAUGUUUCCUGUUUGGCAUUAUGUCGAAUCCUGUUUCGUUUUGAAUCUUCAGUUGUUUUAAAAUAUUUCAUUAUAGUCGAGGGGUUGCCCAUUGUUUUUGUUUUUAGCUCUUUGUAUUGUUUUUUUGAUUACAUAAUUUAUAAUUAACAUGAUCAGUUAUUGGUACAAAAUACAAUUUAUUUAUAUGUCUAUUAUAUACAUUUGCGAAAUGUCCUAAAGUAUUGCUUACAAUUAUUAAUUAAGCUAGUUUACAACAGAAUUUUCAAACCGAUAUACAAAAUAGUAUUAGUAAGUAAUAACUUUGUAAAGCCAAAUGAGCUAAUAUACAAUAUAAAAAUCAUUUUAUUGUCUAACUACACAACA